AGCACACAGGAAGAAUGUAGGUGGGGCCAAAGAGAGAGUGAGAGAAAGAGCUAGAGAAGUAGACUUUGAUAGUUGAGUGUUUCAUUGUUGUUUUUUCAGUUGUUUAGCGGAGGGUUCAACUAGGAUUCUGUCUGAAAUGGCUUUCAACUAGUGAACUUCACUUUGGGGAAUAAAUAAUGUGUGAAUUUUCUUCAGCUAUUUUCUGAAAUCAGGUUCCUUAACAUUGAGGCUUAGAGAGCACCAGGUGCAAAGAUGGACAUGAAAGUGAUGUUGGUUGCAGCUCUUUUGGGACUCUUCUGCUUCACGAUAGCUAAACUAGAUGCUGCGACUGUGGAGGGUAAUGAAUGCACAAAAGCUGCAGCUCUCUCCUGCAGCGACUGCAUUAAGAUUGGACAGCAGUGUGGAUGGUGUACCCAAAGAGACUACAGGUCUUCACGAUGUGAUGAGAUUCAGGCUCUGCUUGAUAAAGGUUGUCCAAGCAUCAGCAUGGAAAAUCCUCGAGGCACUGUUUCCAUCAAUGAGAACAAACCUGUAACAAACCGUAAGAAAGACGUGGCGGAGAACUUGACAACAGACCAGAUCACACAGAUUCAACCUCAGAGGCUCACACUGAAACUGAGAGCAGGUGAGCCUCAGAAGUUUUCUCUGAAGUUCAAGAGGGCAGAGGAUUAUCCCAUUGACCUCUAUUACUUGAUGGACCUCAGUGACUCCAUGACACAGGAUCUGCAGAAUGUGAAGAAUCUUGGAACCGAACUCGCUCAAAGGAUGAAGGGCCUCACCUCAGAUCUACGGCUUGGGUUUGGUUCGUUUCUGGAGAAGCUAGUGAUGCCCUUCGUGAUGACCACCCCUACAAAGAUGGCGAACCCAUGCGCUCCACUCUCCUGCACACGACCGUUCAGCUAUAAGAACGUCCUGAGCCUUACCGAUAAAGGCCAAAACUUCAGCGAAAUAGUCAGCCGCCAGAAAACCUCAGGAAACUUGGAUUCCCCGGAAGGAGGGUUUGACGCCAUCAUGCAGGCUGCUGUCUGUAAAGAUAUUGGCUGGAGAAGAGCAACAAAGUUGCUGGUGUUCUCCACAGAUGCUGCAUUUCACUUUGCUGGAGAUGGAAAACUAGCUGGCCUUGUGCUUCCCAAUGAUGGGAAAUGCUACCUGGAGAAUAACGAGUACACCAAGAGCGAUUACUUCGAUUACCCCACCAUCUCCCAGCUGGCUGACACUUUGAGUCAGAACAACAUUCAAACCAUAUUUGCUGUGACCGAAGAAGUUCAGCCUUUGUACAAGGAGCUGUCAGAUCUCAUUCCCAAAUCAGCAGUAGGAACUCUUUCUUCCAGCUCCUCUAAUGUGAUCCAGCUGAUCGUUGAUGCCUACAACUCUUUGUCAUCUGAGGUGAUUCUGGACAACAGCAAGCUGCCUGACGGAGUGUCCAUUUCAUACGUGUCCCACUGCAAGAAUGGAGUGAGUGAAACUGGAGAAAAUGGAAGAAAGUGCUCAAACAUCUCCAUCGGUGAUGAGGUGAACUUUGACAUAACUAUUACCGCUAAGGGCUGUCCAUCUCAUGGAAAAUCAGAGACGAUACACAUCAAGCCACAGGGGUUCAACGAGGAGGUGGCGGUUGACCUGAUCUUCAUUUGUGAGUGUGAAUGUCACAAAGAUGGAAUCCCCAACAGUCCAGACUGUCACUUCGGAAACGGAACCUUUGAGUGUGGAAUAUGCAGGUGUAACGAGGGCCGUAUCGGCAGGUUGUGUGAGUGCAGCAGAGACGAAGUCAGAACAGAGGAUCUGGAUGCAAACUGCCGUAUGGACAAUGGCACGGACAUUUGCAGCAAUAACGGAGAGUGUGUCUGUGGAGUGUGUGAAUGCAAGACUAGAGACAAUCCAGAGGAGAAGUAUGAUGGGAAGUUCUGUGAGUGCGACAACUUCAGUUGCGACCGUUCCAAUGGCAAGCUCUGCGGAGGUCAUGGUCAGUGUGUGUGCAAGAAAUGUGUCUGUGAUGAAAACUACACAGACAGUGCAUGUGAUUGUUCUCUGGACAAGGAACCUUGUAGGGCCUCAAAUGGGCGAGAGUGUAAUGGCCACGGGAACUGCAUUUGUGGAAAGUGCGAAUGCACUGACCAAAAGUAUCGGGGCACCACCUGUGAGGAUUGCCCCACAUGUGGUGGACUCUGUGGCGAGCACAAGGAGUGUGUUAAGUGUCGAAUGCAUGAGAAAGCAGGAGAUCAUAAGUGCCAUCAUGAAUGCUACCACUUCACUCUAACGAAGGUGAAGACAAAGGAAGAUCUCCCACAGUCUGAUGGCCAGUCUGUCUUCCAAGACUGUAAAGAGCGAGAUGAUAACGACUGCUCCUUCUUCUUCACCUAUCAAGCCAAUAAGACCUCCGGGGCUCACGUUGUGGUGGCAGAGGCAAUUGAGUGCUACACAGCUCCUGAGCUCAUUCCUAUUGUGGCGGGUGUGAUCGGAGGUGUUGUUCUGAUUGGUUUGGCCCUGCUUCUGAUCUGGAAGCUGCUUAUGAUUAUUCAUGACCGAAGAGAGUUUGCAAAGUUUGAGAAAGAGAAGAUGAACGCCAGGUGGGACACGACACAGAACCCGAUCUAUAGGAGUGCAGUGACGACGGUUGUCAACCCCAAAUACGAGGGCAAGUGAUGGAACUGCAGUGUGUUCAAUAGCAAGACCUUUUUUGUGUUUUUAUUUUGUCUGUUUUGCUUCAUUUUACACUAUUUUGAAAUCUUCCAAAGGGUGUGUAUUAUUGUUUGUUUAGAUGUUUUUUGGUAUAUGCUGUUUCAGGUUAAAUAAAUAAACUAACAUGUACAAAAAAGAUUUUAUAAUUACACAAAGUAUUAGGAAUACCUACCAAUUACAUCCUGGUUCAGAUAUGAGCUGGGAAAGUCUCAGGCGUCCAAUUUAGAUAGAUAUUAAAUAUUGUACAUUAGUAAAAAUAUUCAGUAGUUUCAGGCAAUAGAGCAUCAUGGGCUUCAAAUAAAUACUGCAAAAUGGAAAGACAUUUUUAUAUUCAUGACCGCGUUGCUUUGCACAAAGUGUUACUUGGAAACUUGAAGGUAAUAUAACAAAUAAAACAUGGGUGUUUAUUUUUGAGGACAUUUUCUUAGUUUUUUGCAAACAUUGUAGCAUUUAUAUGCCAUCAUCUUUUCAAAACAAGACAAUAAAGAAAUUAUAUUUUAAAGAUUUUAGAUUGUGAAAUGUAUAUACAUAUGGCAAUAAUGUUAUAUAUACAAUAACUCUAUACUGGAAACUUUAUUUUUUGUUCAAGAAAUAAUAAACAUCCUUGUGUGAAUUGG